UUGUAAGACCCAAUUUCCUCAACUGCUGAUAACAUUAAAAACUCAUACCCGCGUGCGAGCGUAAAGGUGGAACAUGGCCACUUGCCAUGUGGGACCGUUGAAUGUGGAACUCCACGUACGCUUGGAAGCUGAAUAUAAAAACACACACAUCCUGUUACUAUUAAUUGCUGCUGUCCGAAAAUAUAACGAAUCACCUUGGAGCGCUGGGCGCAGACCCAAAAGGACGAGACUGUGAAGCAGCUCAAAGUAAGUUGUUGGCAACGGGAAUGGGAAUGGGAAGUGGAUUGCGUUUGGGAUUGGGAUGUGGGUUGGGCCACGGCCAGCAAACCACCAACUAUGAGUACACGACAAAAACUUGUGAAAAUGUCAAUCAACUUGUACAAAAACCAAGAGAAAAAAAACGACAACAACAACAAGAAACACAAAAGUUUUCCAAAGAGACAGGCAGACAGACAGACAGGAGAAACAGACAGGCAGCCAAAGAUGAUGCAUUGUGCAUGAAAGGUGCAAUGCCGGUUUUUGGGCAUAAAGAUAUCUUGAAUAUUGUAUCUCUAUCUGGGCAGUGUGACAGACUCGUAGGGGGCGCCUACGAAUUGCAUCCCACUGAGUCAGAGACGAGACGAGACGAGACGAGACAAGAAGGCGAUUUAAAUUCCACAGCAGCCAUAGAUGGGCCUGUCAUAUGUGGAUAUGAUGAUGACGAUUGACAGCUGCAUCCCCUGCCGAGCUUCGUUGACCAAUUUUGGCCACUACCUGCACUGUCAAUUCAUUUGGGAGUUUUGGCUGCGUGUAGGUGCGAAAACACAAAUAACAAAACGUGCCAAAAGUAUCAAAAAGGAACAAAGUAUUCAUAUGUAUUUGCCAUAUAUGUAUGUGUGCCUACGUGUGUGUGUGCCUGCGUGUGCGUGUGUGGCUUCCAGUUAAAUAAGACAUGAACAUGGGCGUAACUCUAAUAUCAGCAUUUGCCCUGGGACCGGCAAAAACUAAAUGAAAACAGCAAACUGCCAAAACCGGUAAUGACUAACCCCCGUAGCCGGUGCCGGCAGUUCUACACUGAUAAGAGCUCUUGUGCCCGGCACUGAACGGUGGCGCGAGCGAGAUGCCACUACGCCCGCCAGCCGUGGCACAGGCCUAGCCCAGUAGGUGGAAGCGAGACGACAGAUAUUGCCGGCCCUGGGCGUGGCCUGCAGGCAUGCCGCUCGUCGCUGUGUGUGUUGCUGGGUUGGCUGCCCGUCCGGCCAGCAAUCAGUCACGACUUGGUUAGCGCGCAUGCAGCACGAAGUUCAUGAACCGUCGCGUAGUAAAUAAAAAAGAAACCGUCGGAACUGCAACUGAAACUGUUAUGGCGUGUUUCUUAUAAAUGUUUAUGACAGUGUGCCAAAAUGUAUUGAAAGUCAAACGAAAGCCGCGUGUUUAUAAUCAAUUAUUUAAAUAUUUAAACGUGCCUCUGUUUCGACAAGCUGUUGGCACACUCAACAAAUUCGUAUUUGCAAAAAGCAAUAUCAAAUUAAGCAACAUUGAACUUUAGACACAAAUUUAGGCAAUUUUCCCAACUUGUUUUAGACAAUAAAAUUUUUUGAGUGCAGUAUUGGCAUACAAUAUGAUGGACGUUAGCAGCAUGUACGGCAACCAUCCUCAUCAUCAUCCACAUGCCACGGCCACUGCCUUUGAUGGCUAUGGCAGCAACUACUUUCCCUCCCCAACCCACCACCACCAGCAGCAGCAACAGCAGCAGCAACAACAGCAGCAGCAACUGCAUCAGCAGCAGCAGCAACUACAGCAGCAAGUGCAGCAGCACCAGCAACUGGCCUACAGUGGCUAUGACAGCAACUCGCCCAACUACUAUCAGCAGCAGCAACAGCUAACGCCGCCGCCAGCACAGCACCAGCUGCAGCAUCCACUUGCACAGCAGCAACAGCAGCAGCAGCAACUGUAUCCGCAUUCGCAUUUGUUCAGUCCCAGCGCUGCGGAGUAUGGCAUAACCACCACGGCGGCGGUAGCGGCACCCAACAGCACUCCAUUGCAUCCCACUAGCCACUCGCCCGCCGACUCCUACUAUGAGAGCGACUCAGUACACUCCUACUAUGCCACAGCAGCUGUGGCAACGGUGCCGCCACCUGCAAACAAUUCACCGGUAACCGCGGCCAAUGCGACGCAGCAGCAACAGCAGCAGCAGGCAUUGGAUGCGCAUGCGCCCAUCAUUAGCUCCGAGAAUGGCAUGAUGUACACAAAUCUGGACUGCCUCUACUCGCCCAGUGUAGCGCAGCAGGCGCAGACGCAGCCGCAUGGCUAUGGCGGUCAAAUGGAGGAGAAAUAUGCAGCGGUGCUGCAUGCAGGCUACGCGGCACCGCCGCCUGGCAUGCUGCUGGAGGAUCCGGAUCCGAUGAUGCAGCUGGCUGCCGGGCAGCAACAGUCGCCGCCGCAGAUGUGGCAUCAUCAUCAGCAUAUGAGCGGCGGCUAUCCGCUGGAUGCGGGCAUUGCCAUGGACUAUCCACACGCCCACUUGCAUCACAGUCUCAGUCAUGGCCAUCUGGCCAGUUUGACUACCAGCGCGCAGCAGGCACAGCAGCAACAGCAACAACAGCAGCAGCAACAACAGCAACAGGCAAACAGCUCGCAGGCUCAGGUGGUGCCACAGCAUUCGAUAUCGCCAAACGGCUCGACCAAUUGCAUGACCAUGGCCCGGAAUCAUCGCAGCGGUGGCGUCACAUCGCCUGGUAGUUCCACCUCAUCAUCAACAACAUCUGCGUCGGCAGCCAACUCCGCGCACCAAGCGAGCUCACAAUCAAAAUCGCCAAAUCACGCGGCCAACAUUCCAACUUACAAGUGGAUGCAGCUCAAACGGAAUGUUCCCAAGCCACAAGCACCGAAACUACCUGCCAACAUGAGCAACAUGCACGAUUACCAGCUGAAUGGCCACCUCGACAUGUGCCGCGCCGGCAACGUUGGCGGCAGCGCUGCCGUCCUGCCCAUCCAGAAUCCACUGCUGCUGUCAAACAAUGCGGCCGCGGGCAGCGCAUCCAGCGGCCUGGGCGUGGGCCUAGCCAGCGGCAACGGUGCUGCCGGUGCCAGUGCCGGCGUCGGCCUCAGCGGCUGCAGUCUAUCCUCCACGAACAACUCGGGCCGCACCAACUUCACAAACAAACAGCUGACCGAGCUGGAGAAGGAGUUCCACUUUAAUCGCUACUUGACGCGCGCCCGCCGCAUCGAGAUUGCCAAUACGCUGCAGCUAAACGAGACGCAGGUCAAAAUAUGGUUUCAGAACCGCCGCAUGAAGCAGAAGAAGCGCGUCAAGGAGGGUCUCAUUCCGGCGGACAUUUUAACGCAGCACAGCUCACCCGUGAUAACUGAAAAGCAGCCACAGCAGCAACAGCAACAGCAGCAACAACAGCAACAACAGCCCGAGUUGAAGGCUUCCGAAUUGGCCAGCAAUGAACUGCCAGCAACAGCAGCAGCAACAACAACGACAGCAGCCAAACAGAGUUGAACAAUUUCCAUUGUUGCUGUUGUUGCUGCUGCUGUGCUUGUUGUUGUUGUUGUUGUUGUCGUUGUUCUUGUUUUUUAAUAUACCCUGUACACAAAUCUAUAUAAAAUAGGGCUUACUGGUUUUAUGCAAACGUAUGUAACAGACAGAAGAAGUUAUCAUUUACAUUCUUGGUCGAUCAAGCCCCGUCUCUCUGUCUAUCUGUCAGUCUGUCUGUACGCCUGUCUGUCCGGCUGUCUUUAUGAAUGCAUCAAGCUCAGACACGAUUGGAGUUCGAGACUUCAAAUUUGGAACGUAGCUCGCCUAUGGCCGGCGUUCAAAAACUCGAUGAGAUUGGGUCUUUUGACUAUAACCCUGAGCUUAUAAGAGCUAGAGACACCAAAUUUAGUAUGUAGGUUCUCGUAAUGUAUAAACAGACCAAGAACAUUUCACAUUUUUGAUACUUUAAAAAAGGAAGGCCAUAUUUCGUCCUUGGAAAUCAAUUGGGAAACGAACUAUUAACGGUUGAGUUAUUCAAGGGAAAGAAGAAGCACAGUGGCGAGGAUCUCUGUGCCGUGUACAGGGUAUCUCCUGGUCGGAAGCACCCGACUAGCGCACUCUUGUUUUUGUUGUUAUUAUUGCUGUUGUGUGAGAAUUGCCAAAUGUCGAGCGCAUUUUGUUGUGAUAAAUAAGUAAAUAAAAAAAGGCAAAAAGUAAAAGUAAAAAAAAAAACACAAAUAUAUUAAACCUUAAAUUAAAAAUAUUUUAAUGUCGUACGUGUAGCCAAUUAAAUGAAUACAAAAAUGUGCAUACUAAAUAAAUUCAUUUGUAAUUUGUACAAAUCAACAAAUCAAAUACUAGCAUCUGUAGAAUCGAGGCGCCAUCUUUUUAACGGACCUGUAAAAAUACUAACUAGCCGUUGAUGCUGCAGCUGAAUGUUAGACUAGCAUAAACUAAACUCAGGGUUAUAUAUUACUACUUUCAUACACUUAACUGUAGCACGCCGAGAAAUUGACUUUCAACCAAAAAAAAAAAACAAAACAAAACAAGUACGUAAAACUAAAUCAAAAUCUAUACGAAAGCUACGAUAGCUAGAGGAGAAUCGUAUGCUAUAGCUUAGCUCAAUCGGAAACACAUUGCAUUAUAAUGUACUCGUACUCGUACUCGUAAUCGUAUGUAGUAUGAUUAUUGUUUUACUAUAAGCAAUGCCUUCUACGAUACAAGAAGAAUAG